GACUACAUUAAAGGAUGGAAGGGGUCAGUAUAGAGUGGGUAUUCGCUGUAAGGGAAGGGGGAAUGUCCCACCAAAGAACCAAUAUAAGCAAUAAUAGAAAGUGCUGAGGACACUCAGCAGCAUUUGUGGGGAGAAGUUUGUAGCCCAUGUUCAGAACUCCAGCGCUGAUCUCUCUGGGUAAUGUGAAGAUUUUCAAGGCUGGAGGGGUUUAAGGAUGUGCUGACGGAAGGUGAGAGCGGACGGUCCUGAGCAGCAGCGUUUGAGAGCUCACUGACUGACUUGGGCUCUCCCUGGGCUGGGAGAAUUCACAUGGAUGGCAUUAGUGUUAACACAACUCAUAACUGGCUUUCUGCUGGGCAGGUGGCGGAUGAAGUGUUUGCUCAACAUUCAGGAUAAUCCAGUGACCGGAGGCGGGAGGGGAGUCAGAUCAGGAAAUGCAGGCGCUUGACGUAAAGAGGGUGGGUCCAGCUCCCUGUGAUAAAUAGCCGGCGGUGGGCAGGAGUUGGUGAGCUAACAGCUAGCGUUCCCAGCAAUGAGUUCCUCUUCGGCCAAGGGGUUCCGUAGGGCUGUAUCCGAGCUGGAUUCCAAACAGGCUGAGGCGGUGACGGUGACGUCUCCUCAUUUCAUUGGGCGCCGACAGUCUCUGAUCGAAGAUGCUCGCAAAGAGCGAGAAGCGGCCGCUGCUGCCUCCGAGUCGGCAGAUCCUGGGGAGCAGCUGGUGUUCGAGGAGGAAGGAGGCAGGGCCAUGGUGAAUUUAUUCUUCACAAUCCGCUCUGCCAAGAGCUCUUCAUUCUCCCGGACCCUCAAAGUGUUCGAGACCUUUGAAGCUAAAAUAUACCACAUUGAAACAAGGCCAUCCAAGAAACCAAAAGAUAAAGAGAUAUUGGAAUUCUUCAUCCGUUGUGAAACAAACGUUUCAGAUAUCAGCACCUUGGUCAGUUCCCUGAAAAGAGUUGCAGAUGAUGUAAAAACAACAAAAGAAGAGAAAUUUCAUUGGUUUCCAAAAAAGCUAUCAGAUUUGGAUAGAUGUCAUCAAUUAGUUACAAAAUAUGAGCCGGAAUUGGAUCUGGAUCAUCCGGGCUACUCUGAUACUCAGUACAGGGACCGGCGGAGGCAGAUUGCAGAAAUUGCGAUAAAUUAUCGAUAUGGCGACCCAAUUCCCAGAGUAGAAUACACCCCUGAGGAAAUUGCAACGUGGAGAGAAGUGUUUGUGAACCUAAAGACUUUGUAUCCAACACAUGCAUGUGCCGAACACCUGGAUGCCUUCAGAGUGCUGGAGAAACAGUGUAAUUACAACAAAGACAACAUCCCUCAACUUGAAGAUGUCUCCUGCUUUUUGAAAGAACACUCAGGGUUUCAGCUGUGGCCUGUUGCUGGGUUACUUUCAGCCCGGGACUUCUUGGCGAGUCUCGCUUUCCGAGUUUUCCAGUGUACGCAGUAUGUAAGACAUGCUUCCUCGCCAAUGCAUACUCCUGAGCCGGAUUGUUGCCAUGAACUGCUGGGACAUGUCCCCAUGCUGGCUGACAAGACAUUUGCUCAAUUUUCUCAGAAUAUUGGUCUUGCCUCCCUCGGAGCAACUGAAGAGGAAAUUGAAAAGCUUUCUACUCUUUACUGGUUUACUGUGGAGUUUGGACUGUGCAAGCAAAAUGGAGAAAUUAAAGCAUAUGGAGCUGGUCUGCUGUCAUCCUACGGUGAGCUAAUUCACUCCCUGUCUGAUGAACCCGAGUUACGGGAGUUUGACUCUGACGCUGCUGCUAUGCAGCCCUAUCAGGAUCAGACAUACCAACCAGUGUAUUUUGUAUCUGAAAGUUUCAAUGAUGCUAAAGACAAACUGAGAAAGUAUGCAGCCAACAUCAAGCGGCCGUUUUCAGUGAAAUAUGAUCCAUUUUCCAAAACCGUGGAAGUAUUGGACAAUCCUCAGAAAAUCAAGACUUCUUUGGAUAAUCUGAAGGAUGAGUUGCAGUUGCUGACUGAUGCACUGAAUGUUUUAUCCUAACAUUUGGCUCUGCAUGCAAUCAUAGAAUGUACUUCAUCUCUAUUACUGUUGCAUUGUAAGCUUCAUUUAUUUGUGAGUCAGACUUUUUAGCUUUCAUUCUAAUGUAGCCAUGUGUAGGAACAGGCAGGAACAUAAAGUUGAAGAAAGUAGGGGUUUUGCUUCACUGCCUCUGCCAGGUAACUUUUAUUUCUUUUGCCUCCUGGAAUGUUAGAGGAGGUGGAGGCAGGUAAAAUUGAUCUUUAUCACUGUAGAAAAAGGGCCCAUGAUGAAUGGGCGGCUUGCUUUACAUGGGCAAAGAAAAUGACAAGCCAUGCUGAGUUGGUUAUUGCAACACAUCCCACUUGAUUACAAAUUGUGCAAGUGGAUAAGCUUGCUUGAAUGAAUGGGGAACUAACUUCGAUGUUGUGGCUGCAAUCCCCUUCCCUCUCUCAAAAUUGCCUCUCUAGAUAUUUUCUGCCGAAGUGAAUAACUUCAUAACUACCGUGUUAAAUCGAGUCUGCAAUGUGUUUGUCUGUUUCUAUCCACAUUCUCCUGAAGUUUACUGCUGUUCUGCUCAGUAGUUUCCCAGCUGCCAAGUUUCUAUCAUCCAUAAUAUUGAAAAUUGUACUCCUUUCAUCGAAGUUCACAUCACUUUUAUAUAUGUGUAACAAGAAAAACAGUGGUUCUAACUUGCGUCCCUGGGGAGUGCCAGAGCAUAUUUCUCUGCAGUCUGAAAGACAUCCUGUUGCCAUUACUCUCUUUUGUCUUAUUCUUUCAGGUAUUAUGCACUCAUUGUCUCUGUCCAUUUAGCACCACUAAUUUAUGAAUAUGUUUGUUGUAAAGUCAUAGUCAUAGAGAUGUACAGAUGGAAACAGAUCCUUCAGUUCAACUCUUCCAUGCCGACCAGAUAUCC